GAGGAGAGAGAAAGAGAAAUCGGAACGAUGUCGACGACGGAGAUAUCGAUGACGACAGCGUCGUCGUCGCGCAACGACGCGUGCCAGGUAGCCAAGCACGGGGAGGCGAACGGCCGCACGGCCGUUCGCUUCCGCGCCGGCAGUCUAUGCCGACGGCGCCGACGGUUGUCGCGACAAUUGGGCGAUGGUGACGACAGGGCCGGAGGUGAGCAACUACUCGUUCCGCAUCCGUCCGAGUCCAGUGUGCUGUCCUACGUGCUCGCGCGACAGAUCGACGACAAGGUCGACUACUGCCGUAGCUUGAUCAACGCCAGAUUCGAAAACUCCGAGAACCUCUAUAGGAAGGACCUGCUCUCGCACUAUGGAUGCGUCAACGCGAUCGAGUUCUCCAAUCAGGGCGACCUGCUUGUGUCCGGUGGCGACGACAGAAGGGUCCUAUUAUGGAAAGUGGAACAAGCGAUACAGGGUAUGGGCAAGCCAAUCGUGAUGAAAUCGCAACACGUGAGCAAUAUAUUUUGCCUUGGUUAUGACAGCAGCAAGACUAAGAUAUUCUCCGCAGGAAACGACGACCAGGUCAUAGUUCACGAUUUACGCACGGGUGAGUCCCUUAACAUCUUUCUACACGAGAAGCCUGUCUAUGGGCUGUCCAUUCAUCCGCACAAUGAUGAGGUGUUUGCCAGCGCUUGCGACGAUGGGAGAGUCCUCAUUUACGACAUACGUAGCAAUAACGCUAUGGAAACCUUGGCACAAUACAAAAGCGCCUUCCACUCUGUCAUGUUUAAUCCCGUUGAUCCCAGAAUGCUCGCUACUGCCAAUGCUAAGGAAGGUGUCAGUAUGUGGGAUAUACGGAAACCUUUGGAGCCUGUAUUGAGUUACGGAAGCCCGCAACAGAGUUGCAUGAAUGUCAGGUUUAACUCAAUGGGUAAUCGAUUGUUGGCCUUACGAAGAAGAUUACCACCGGUUCUUUAUUCAGUUGAUUCACCCACGUACUUAUGCGAAUUUGAUCAUCCGGGAUAUUAUAAUAGCUGUACCAUGAAGUCGUGCUGUUUCGCCGGCGAGAAUGACGAAUAUGUUCUCUCUGGUUCGGAUGAUUUUAAUCUAUACAUGUGGAAAAUUCCUCCUCUGGAUGGCAAAGCAUGGGUUGAAUCCGCCCACAUGGUGUUGCGCGGCCACAGAUCGAUCGUCAAUCAAGUUCGAUACAAUCAAACGAGCUGCAUCUUUGCAUCGUCUGGAGUCGAGAAGAUCAUUAAGAUCUGGAGUCCAUUUCCUCUUGGACUUGGAAGUUUGGGAGGAUUGAAGAGAGAUGCUGGCAAGCGCGAGAGACAACGCCGAGUAUUCACGCACGACGAAUACAUAGGGCUGGUUCUUCGUAGUGGACAGUUUAUGACCCAUGAUUACAGUCACCAAUCAACUAAGGAAGAUCCGCGAAUGAUGGCCUUUUUUGAUUCCCUCGUGCAACGUGAAAUUGAAGGAUGGAGUUCCGAGGACGUGCCAACGCCACAUACACCCAGCGAAUCUGAAAUAAACCCUGCAACGGGCGAGCCAUACAGUGUGACAGAAGGCGAUGAUACUACGGCGUCGGAAGGCGGGGUUGCUCCUGAAAGGCCAUUAGAGUCGCCGAAUCGUAUAACUCGGCUUAUCGCAAAUCGCAGAGAAAAGCUCAUGCGAAUAGCUGCGAUGGAACGAUCCGCCUCUGAUUCCGGCAGUGAGGGAGACAAUGCUCAUUCGAGACGUAGAUCCAAAUCGAAAUCGAAAUCGAAAAAUGUCAAGAGGAAACACACCAGGCUCUCUGGCAGGAGAAGAUUAUCUGCCAGACGGAAGUGUACUGUGCUAAAAGUCAAUAGUGAUUCGGACAGUGAUGAUGAACGACCGGUUGACGCGGCUCAGCCCAGUACUAGUUCCGGGGUGAUUUUCCGAAGAUCGCGAUACGCCGCUAGCGCGAUCGAGAAAGACGACAAGAGCUCGAGCUAUAGCAGCAGCAGUAGCUGCGCUUAUGAGGACAUUAUCGCUAACAGUAAACGAAAACAUUCUAAAACCGAUUCGGACACAUCCGCGAAGGCGCACAAACGUAAGCAUCGAAAGUGCAAAAACAGUUCUCGACACGAAUGUUCUGGUAAGAGCCAAAGUAAACGACAAAAGCUCGAUGACGACUCGGAGGAGGAGGAAAAAGGCCCGAGGAAUUGUGUGAAUGGUAAUUCUAGUAAAGAUCGUCGUGAAGACGGACCGUCGACGCCGAGCAGCAAAUCGCUUCAAGUUCCUUGCACCCCUGACAGCGGUAUUAAAUCGGGGAUAUCAUCCACGGGCGGAACAAAUAGCGAGCAGACGCGUAAGGAGCGUAACGACAGAGGCGCUGACGAUAGCUCCGACGAACAGACACUAAAACGUUUAGAGUGUUUUCGGAAAAAGGUGGAGGAGUUGGCGAGGAGGAGCUAUCGUAAUCGGUCCGCGUCUCAAGCUCAAACAGUUUCAACCACGAGUGAUUCUUCCGAUUAAAAGCGCUCAUGUUUUACUCAUUGAGAAAUCCCCUCCCUCUACCCAAUGCGCUCUAAUCCAAUCUCCCAUCCCCAUUUCCAUUUGUACAUAAUGUAAUCUGUGAUUCCUUGAAGUAUAUUUUUAUAACACUAAGUUGAUCAUGCGCGAAUAUGCGGUUGAUUCUUUUUUUUUUUUUAAUCAUAUUUUAGAUCUUGUUCGUCAUUAAUCCCAUCUCUCGUGAAUGUGCUUCUUACGGUUUUUUCAAAAUUUUUGUUAGAGUCUUUAUACAUUAUUAUAUGAUAUGUAUCAUAUAUAUUAUUAUAUGAUAUAUAUUAUAUAUCAUAUAUCAUAUAAAAUAUUAACGAUUUCUUUCGCGAUAUUUCAUAAAUUAAGUCACUGAUUAGAUAGACGGAACUAUCAAUAUUGUUUGGUAAUCCUGUAUCUAUUAUCCCGCGUAAUGCCAUUGCGACUGUCAGUGCUUGGUAAUUCUUAACCAGUCUGAUCAUUAUUGUGAGAUAAACGUUUUGUGAAUCUGGCCAUGUAAAUCGUGUAAUCGAGACAAUUGCGGCGAAACGGAAACUAUACUGUAGACGAAUUAACACAUCCGCAUUAACUUGAGAUAUUUGCGGCAACUCGGCUAAAAUGUAUAUUGUUGACAUGGUUUGUGCGGUGGAAAGUAAUAAUAAAUUGGUAUACAUUUUUUUCCUA